UAAAAGACUGCUUUUUACUUAUAAUGCGUAUUGCUGACAUUGCAUUUGAGUUUUGAAGUUGAAAAUGAAAGCUGAUUUUAUCAUGAAUUCUCUGCUUCAAAUCUUCUGUAUUUUGAAAUUAAUGCUAGGGAUAAAAGCUUUUUCUGAAUACCGUAAUACUAUAUGUCUGCACGAACAACACAUUCUUGUAACUCCGUUUAUAUCUAGUGUCAGUGGGAAAUUCGUUUCCAAUUUCUCGUCUGUAUCGCUGGACAACAAGCCCAGUUCUGAAGGUCAUAAAAGGACGCAGAAUCCCUGGGAGCUGUAUGUAACCAUUCCACUAAACACUGGCUCCAUUACCCUGGAGCUUUAUAAACAAAACAUUCACACGAGCCGGCGACACAGGGAGUGGACCUCAGGAAAUAUCACAUACUCCGAGAUAUUAGAGGAAGACUGUUUCUACCAGGGAUCCGUUAUAGGACAAGAUAGGAGCUUUGCUGCCGUCUCGCUAUGUGAAGGAUUGAAUGGUUACGUUCAGACUGAAGACUAUGACAUUUCAAUUGACCAUCUGAAGUCCAAAGAAGACGGCAACACAUAUAGACAUCAUAUAAAAAUGUGUUCCAUUCCAAAAGACAUCGGACGUAUGCGACCAAUCGAGAGAUACCUGAAAAGGACAAAAAGACAAACAAACGGCGGCAGGAAAUACCUCGAGGUCCUCAUUGCCGCAGAUACAAGUGUCACAGCACUAGUAGGGGUAGACAAACUGGAGACCUAUCUACUAACUCUAAUGAAUAUUGUGAACAACAUUUACAAACACAAGACUUUGAAAGUUGAUAUAGAAGUCAUAACAGUUAAAACUCUGCAGCUGGACAAACAAACGGAGGGUGGUAUAAUUUCGAAGAAUGACGCCAGAAAAACAGUGGAUAACUUUUGUAGAUGGACAACUAAACAGGCUUACAACAAAAUGAGCGGCAAUGGCGGGUAUCACUUUGACGUGGCUAUACUUCUCACCAGAACUGGCAUAGGCCCUGCAGGUUACGCCCCGAUCACAGGGAUGUGUAACCCAAGUCGAAGCUGUGCUGUGGUGAAGGACGAAGGUUUCACAUCUGCCUUCAUUAUUGCUCACGAGGUGGCACAUGUAUUUGGAUUAUUUCACAAUGGUCACGGUAACACGUGCUCUGGUCGUCAGUAUGAAACAAGUAUCAUGAACGCCAUGGUGAGAUCGAAUCUACAGCAUUACUGGUGGACAGACUGCAGUAACAAGAAAAUGAAAGAAGUAUUACCGUCAUUGAGAUGCUUAAAUAACAGGCCAUCUACAUCAGAAUUUGUAGAACCACCACUAGGAAAAAAGUUCUCACUCUCCGAGCAGUGUCGUAACGAGUUCGGGGCGGGUAAUGUUCUUUGUCGACGGUUUUAUGGAGAUAUUUGCGCUAUGCUGUGGUGUUCUGGUCCUAGCGACCGUGGAAAUGGAAUGUGUAAGACCAAACGAUCACCUCCUCUGGAGGGUACGCCAUGUGGCCCUGAAAAGCAUUGUGAAAACCAUCGUUGUGUAUAUUUCGGUUACCACACACCUGUUAACGGAGGUUGGAGCUCCUGGGGAACAUGGACCUCGUGUUCGUCUGCUUGUGGUGUCGGUUUACGUCAGAGAACACGUGACUGCACUAAUCCAGAACCAAAGUAUGACGGAAAAGAAUGUACCGGACCAAGCGAAGAGAUGGAUACUUGUAAAUCUACAGAAUGUACCUCCUUUACAGAUGUCCGUAAGGUUCAGUGUUCUAUGUUAGACUCGAUGGAAGUAAGGCCUGGGCAACACAACUGGAAGCCAUAUCAAGUCAAAGAUUCUGGAAAAUUGUGCGUCCUGUCAUGUGUCUCGAGUCUUAACGGAGAAAUUGCCACUUUUGACAACAUCCCUGUGGAUAAUGGUGUUCCCUGUUCUUAUGACGACCGAAGUAACAUAUGUGUGGACGGAAAAUGCAUUGAUGUAGGUUGUGACGGUAAGAUGAAUUCCACAGCCCGCGAAGACAAGUGUGGUGUAUGUGAAGGGGAUGGCUCUCAGUGUAAAACAGUCAAGGGAAGAUUCCACAAAAAAUUCGUCUCAGGCCAGACAGGCUACGUGGAUUUACUCUUGCUACCAAAAGGGGCGAGGAACAUCGAAAUCAAAGAAUUAUCUACAGCAUCACAUUUUCUCGCUCUUCAGAACCACAGAUAUGGCACGUUUAUCUUAAAUGGUGAGCGGUCACGUGGUCCAUCACAUGACUUUGCAGCAGCUGGUGCUUGGUUUUUGUACAAGAACAGUUAUCCAGAAAAUCUGCAGUCUAAAGGUCCAAUUCAGAACAAACUUAAAGUCUUGGUAUAUCCAGGUAAUAGAAAUACUUACGCAUCUUACGAAUACCAAUACACAAUUUCAAAAGACGAUAAUACUCACGAAAAAAUGAUGUAUUACUACAAGUAUGAAGGGUGGACAGAUUGUUCUGUAACUUGUGGAACAGGCGAGCAGAGAUUAAUUUAUGGCUGCUACAGUAAAGAAAACGACACAAAGGUGGACAGAGAAAAGUGUCGUCACUUGAAGGACCCAGCUGGAAAACCUCAUAAAUGUGAAAGAAGGGCGUGUAGAGCUCAUCAGUUAAGGUGGGCAAUGCUGAAUGAUUGGACGGACUGUAAUGAAACAUGCGGCGUUAAUGGUAUACAACAUCAAUUAUACAAGUGUGAAAAGGAGACAAACGGAAAGAUAGAGUAUGUAGAGUUGUCCUUUUGUGACGAGGUUCUCCCUCCUCCAACAUACUCCCGGGCCUGUAACAGAGUCAGGUGCCCGGAAUAUGUCUGGACUGACACGGGGAAGUGGUCUGCGUGCUCCAGUACCUGUGGUAGCAGUGGUGAAAGGGUGAAAAUAUAUCACUGUGCAGAUGAUUCGAAGAAGAAAGUAAACAACAAUCUGUGUAAAGAUCCCAAACCAAAGAAAACCACAGUGUGCAACAGACAUCCAUGUAUAAAAGAGUCGUACAAACUUUCCCCCACUGAAAACUGGGGACAUUGUUCAGCCACGUGUGGUGAAAACAGGUAUCAAACUAAGUUGAAGGAGUGCAUUCGGAUAAAUUCUAGAAAUGAAACUGUCAAGGUGAGUAUGUCAAAAUGUUCUGAUCUUCAAGAGGAGGAUGAGAUUCGACCAUGUACUUAUGUACCGUGCUAUCAGGCCACCUAUGAUUGGCUGUUAGUCAAAGACUGGUCUACCUGUUCACAGGAAUGUGGAGACGAGGGAAUUCAACAUCAGCUGUACAGAUGUUUCGAUGUGACGUAUGAAUAUGCUAUGAAGAAUGUGGAAGAUGAUUUUUGUAAUGAGUCUGGUAGUGCAAAUGUAACUAGACCAUGUAACAGGUUUGAUUGUUUCAGUUUUAAAUGGCUGUCCCAAUCCUGGAGUGACUGUAGUUCUACCUGCGGGAACGAUGGGAUUCGGAGACAAACGUUUUCUUGUUCAAAAGUGUAUUUCAACAAAACACUGGAAGACGUAGAUUCUUCAUAUUGCAGUAAUAUGUCAUAUCCUGUUAUAACAGAAAACUGUAACAGAGUUCCUUGUGAAUCUAAAGUGUAUAGCUGGGUCAUGGUGCCAAACUGGGCCGCGUGUUCCGUAAGUUGUGGUGAGGGUACCCAGUCCGCACUAUACAAGUGCUUUGAAGUUUACAAGAACGAUACAAUGAUGCCGGCGAGUGCAGAUCAUCUCUGCAGUCAUAUUGAAAAACCUCAUUAUGAAAGACCUUGUUCUUCAGGUCCUUGUGAACAUUAUCAGUGGAGCAAGGCGUUUGAUUGGACUGCUUGCUCUACCUCUUGUGGUGAAGAUGGUAUUCAACGGAAAAUACAUGUGUGUGAAAAGGUUUCAGCUGAUGGCUCAGUCAUUCCAACUUCGUCUUCUUUUUGCAAAAACUUACCAGAUAUAUCUGAAAUGCGUUCUUGUAAUAGAAUACCCUGCGUUUCUUGGAGAUAUAGAAUUACUCAAUCUCCCUAUCUAUCCGAGUGUUCAGAGACCUGUGGAAGCAAGGGUAUCCAGUUCUACCAAUAUUCAUGCGAAAAAGAAUUUUCAAAUAACGGUACAACUGUGGUUGAUGAUAUGGAGCACUGUAGAGAUAUUUUAUUUCCUAAUCGUACAUAUCCGUGCAACAGGACACCUUGCCCCCGAGAAUGGGUGACCGACAACUGGGGUCGGUGUUCCGUCUCCUGUGGGGUCGGGGUCCAGAGAAGAUACAUAUUUUGUGGGUCGAUCGAGGAGAACCUCAACCCCUCAGAGUGUCCAGGUACCCGCCCGGUCACCACCAAAGUCUGCAGUCAGCCGGAGUGUCGCAGUGAGGUUUGCGUGGACAGGAUCUCGCUCUGCAGUCGAGGCGCCACACGCAGUACUUGUAGAUACAGAGGGUACAAAUUCAUGUGCUGCGCUUCCUGUAAGAGAUUCCGAAAUUAAACUGCGCUGGGCGGUCUCAUAAAGUAUAUGCCAUCUCUCCCAGUUGUGUCCCGUAUUGGACUGGACUUGACGGAAGGAUACAACAAAGUGUGCAAAUCACUGUCAAUCCCUUCAACUUCAACGUUUUAAGUAAUGAAGAGAACAACGGCAGUUUGUUGGUUUUAUUAUUUUCAAAUCACGUGCAUCAAUUUUUAUAACAAAUAUUUUACACUUUAAUAGUGCUGAUAUGAAAUAAGUAUAAAAAUCCAAAUUGGAUACCUGUACAUAUAUAUACUUAAAUACUACAUGUAGAUAAAAUGGUAACGAAGUAAAGUUUAACAUUUUUGAACAAAUGCUCUACAUGACAGAGAAAAUAAUUUAUGAUUGAAUUUUACGAAUUGUAAACUUUUAUUCCUUUGAAUUGUCAUAAAAUUCCCUUUGCAAUAAGGAAAUUAAGAAGUUUUAGACAGAAUUUAAAAAAAAACAUGAAAUGUUUAAAGCAUGCAGGUAAGAAUGAAGCUCAUUUGAAACUUUUAAACAAGUUUUUAAUCUAUUCUAAAGGAAGUCAACUGAGUGUAAAAUUCGGAUUGCUUUAUAACGUCUGCUUUAAAUGUUUACAAUCGGUAACAAUUGAAAUUGAAGGUAAUGUUUUUUCGGACAUUGUUAUAUUCAUUUAAGUGUAAUUAUAGAGAACUUUGCCUCAGAGGUUUCGCUGAAACGCAUUAGACUCACUGAAAGACUGACACUUAAAUCAUGCAUAUUUAAGGAUUUUGUUUUAGAUUUUGGACUAAUGUAGAUCAUGCAUACGAUAUAUUUAAAUCUAAAACUGGUCAUUUUGUUUUGUCAUUGUGUUAAUACAUGUAUAUUUGAUUUAUUGCAUGAUAAAAUAAAGGUGUAAAGGCUUA